GAAAGAGAAAAAUAGAGAGAGAGAGAGAGAGAGAGAGUCAUAUCUGUGUUGCCAGCGAAGAAGUUGAAGGAUCAAAGCUUUCUCUGAGUCAAAGCUGGCAUUUUUUUAGGGUUUUUUUCCGCACCACCACUGGUCCACACCACCUUAUUUACCCUUGGAAAUUUUGGUUUAAAUCCAUUGCUUCUCCCUGCAUCUCCCUCGCUCUCUCUGGGUGCGUGGGGGGUGUUGAUUUCCCCCCCCAAAAUUUCUCCAUUAGGAAAGGAAAAUGUUGAGGAUUUGAGAUUCACGUUUGAAGGUUUUACAACCAUUACAACCAUGUCGACUUCUCCAUCUCUCGCCAAUGGGGAGAAGAGGCAUUGGUGGCUUAGCAACCGAAAGAUUGUUGACAAAUAUGUAAAAGAAGCUCGAGCGCUAAUGGCGAGCCAAGAAAAGUCGGAGAUCGCUUCGGCCCUUAACCUCCUCGAUGCUGCUCUUGCUCUGUAUCCGCGGCUCGAGUCGGCUCUUGAGCUUAAAGCUCGAUCUCUCCUUUAUCUCCGACGGUUCAAGGAGGUUGCUGAUAUGCUCCAAGAAUACAUACCAAGCUUCAAGAUGGCGUCCGAAGAAUCAUCCCUUUCUUCGGACAACUCGUCCCAGCAACUCUCGAGGGAACGAGCGAAGCUCCUCUCCCCUGACCACUUUCCAUCUGAUUCGACAGAUAAAGACACUACCUUCAAAUGCUUCUCUGUUUCGGACCUUAAGAAGAAGGUCAUGGCCGGUCUCUGCAAGAACGGCGAGAAGGAAGGGCAAUGGAGAUACUCUGUUCUUGGUCAAGCUUGUUCCCAUCUUGGGUUGAUGGAAGACGCUGUGGUGCUAAUUCAAACGGGAAAACGUUUAGCCUCCGCUGCAUUCCGGAAGGAAAGCGUGCGCUGGUCUGACGACAGCUUCUCCGCCAACGUUGCUGGAAGCAGUGAUCUAAGCAACGCCAAUCCUGGGAUGAUACCAUCACCAACGGAGUCGGAGUAUGUAUCACAACUCCUUGGUCACAUCAAGCUCCUCCUUCGCCGUCGUACAGCUGCGCUAGCAGCCUUAGAAGCAGGCAUCUACCCGGAGGCCAUCAGGCACUUCUCCAAGAUAGUCGAUAAUCGCCGUGGUACUCCACAGGGCUUCCUUGCCGAUUGUUACCUACACAGAGCUUCGGCCUAUAAAGCCGCUGGCCGAAUCGCAGAGUCGAUUGCUGAUUGCAAUUGGACCCUGGCACUUGAACCAUCCUGCAUCCCGGCUCUCAAUACACGAGCCAGCCUCCUUGAGACCAUCCGAUGCCUACCCGAUUGCCUGCGAGAUCUGGAACACCUAAAGCUCCUCUACGAUUCCAUCUUGCGGGACAGGAAGCCCCCAGGCCCCGCUUGGAAGCGCCACAACGUCAGCUACCGUGACGUCCCUAGCAAUCUGAAGGCCUUGACCCUGAAGAUUCAGGAAUUGAGGCAGAGAUUGGCAUCGGGGGAGAUGGGCAAUGUUGAUUACUAUGCAUUGAUCGGAUUGAGGCGGGGCUGUUCGCGUUCGGAAUUGGAGAGAGCCCAUUUGUUGCUUACCUUGAAGCACAGGCCAGAUAGGGCCAUCAGUUUUCUUGAUCGAUGUGAGUUUGUGGGUGAUCGUGACGUUGAUUCUGUGAAGGACCAAGCAAGGAUGUCGGCAUUGGUGUUGUAUCGGCUUCUGCAGAAGGGGUAUUCGACUGUGAUGGCCACGAUCAUGGACGAAGAGGCAGCCGAGAAGCAGAGGCAGAAGGCACCAGCAGCUGCUGCAAUGCAAGUCCAAGUAGCCGUCUCUGAGCCAAAGUUGGAAAGCGAGAAGAGAAGUAGUAUUAAUAAACCACAAGCAGUGGAGAUUCAACAGAGGAGCCAGAUUGGUUCAUCAGAUUACUGUGCAGUAGUGAAUCAGGUCCCGGAGAAGAAGAAUGCAGUUGCCACUGCCGCUGCAACUGCAAAUGCGGUAUUCCAGGGGGUAUUCUGUCGGGACAUUUCUGUGGUUGGGAAUUUGCUGUCACAGGUUGGGUUCAACCGUCCAAUACCAGUCAAGUAUGAAGCCUUAAGCUGCUGAGAAGUUGGUAAUGGAGGUGGGAAUAAGGGAUGAGACCUCUCUCAAUUUUCAAUUGUCAUCCAUGUCUGUCCUCUCCUCUCCUCUGUACAAAAGAAAAAUGGAGAAAAGGAAAGAAAAACCAGAAAACGAGAUGGUACCGCCGGGAAAUUUUGUCACAUUCGCUCCCCAUGUGUAUUUGCGGUAUCAGUUCUCGUUUUCUAUUUUCUUUUCUUUGGAAUGGGUCAUUGUUGUUAUUGUUUUGUUCAAUGUGUACAGUGCUGUACCUUAUUUAUCUUCUCCACAUUACAUUGGAUUUUAGCUGUAUCCUGUAGCUUAUUUAGAACAAUAGUUUUGGGUUCUUUUCUGCA